AUGGAGGAGUAUGCCCCUGCAGUUAUUCUAGACAAUGGCUCUGGCCUUAUUAAAAUAGGAUUUUCAGGAGAAAAAGAACCGCGGUUUGUUUAUACAAACAUCAUAGGCAGACCAAAAGCCAAGCCUGUCAUGAUUGGAGCUGGGCAAAAGGACUUCUAUGUUGGAGAGGAAGCUCAAGCAAGAAGGGGUAUUCUGUCCAUUAGCUACCCAGUGGAACACGGCGUGGUGACAUCUUGGGAAGACAUGGAACUGAUCUGGAAGUACGUUUAUUAUCAUGAUUUAAAGAUUAACUCAUGCGAGCGGCCUGUUCUUGUUACAGAGCCACCUCUCAACCCACUUUCCAACAGAGAAAAGACGGUUGAAAUAUUUUUAGAGGAACUCAGUGCACCGGCAAUUUAUGUUGCAAUCCAAGCAGCGCUGGCACUGUAUUGCUGCGGUAGAAUAACUGGGUGUGUGGUGGACAUCGGCGACGGUGUCACACACACCGUUCCCAUCUAUCAAGGCUAUUGCCUUCCCCACGCAGUGCUAAGACUCGACCUAGCAGGAAGAGACCUAACAGAUUACUUGAUGAGGAUUUUAAACGAAAGUGGCAUUUCUUUGAUUAGCACAGCAGAAAGAGAAAUUGUCAAAGAAAUCAAAGAAAAGCUCUGCUAUGUCGCGUUUGACAUAGACUUGGAAAUGUCAAAGAGAGUUGAAGAAGUGGAAAAAGAAUACACACUUCCAGAUGGAAAAGUUGUCACCGUUCAUAAUCAGAGGUACAGAUGCCCAGAAACAUUAUUUAAACCAGCUAACAUUGGCAUGGAAGCAAGUGGUAUCCAUAAACUGUGCUUUAACACCAUAAUGAAGUGUGACGUUGAUCUCAGGAAUUCCCUUUACUGCAACGUGAUGCUGUCAGGAGGAUCCAGUCUAUUUUCAGGAAUAGGUGAACGUAUGGCCAAGGAAUUGAUAAAUCUUGUUCCGGAAGACUCUGAAGUGAAAGUCUUUACUCCACCUGAAAGAAUGCUCUCAGCAUGGAUGGGAGGCUCCAUACUAUCCUCUCUCCCUGGCUUUCAGCAAUUGUGGAUCACGCAAGAGGAGUUCAAAGAAGUAGGGCCAAAUAUUGUCCACCGAAAAUGCUUCUAA